GGCUCUGCUGGCCCACUGCCUCCCUGCUGGGCCUGUGAGCACAGAAUUCACAUGCCUCCCCCUGGGUGUGGCCCUCCCCACUCCUGCAGCCAGCUGGGGACGGUGGAGCCCCUGUUUGAGGUGCAGCCCAGGCCCACGUCUCCCACAUCCUCUGGAGUUCUCUGGGGAGCGCCCCUGAGAGCCCCCCAAUCCUUGCAGGCCAGCAGGAAGACCAAGAAGAAGGAGGGGGGGGCCCUCCGGGCGCAGAGGGCGUCCUCCAACGUCUUCUCCAACUUUGAGCAGACGCAGAUCCAGGAGUUCAAGGAGGCCUUCACACUGAUGGAUCAGAACCGAGACGGCUUCAUCGACAAGGAGGACCUGAAGGACACCUACGCCUCCCUGGGCAAGACCAAUGUCAAGGACGAGGAGCUGGACGCCAUGCUGCAGGAGGCCUCGGGGCCCAUCAACUUCACCACCUUCCUGAACAUGUUCGGGGAGAAGCUGACCGGUACGGAUGCCGAGGAGACCAUCCUGAAUGCCUUCAAGAUGCUGGACCCCGAGGGCAAAGGCAGCAUCAACAAGGACUACAUCAGGAGGCUGCUCAUGUCCCAGGCUGACAAGAUGACUACGGAGGAGGUCGACCAGAUGUUGCAAUUUGCAAAGAUCGACGCUGCAGGCAACCUGGACUACAAGGCGCUGAGCUAUGUGCUCACCCAUGGGGAGGAGAAGGAGGAGUGA